AUGGAGAACAUGCAAUAUGCAGAGGAGCUAGUAAGAGAAUUUCUUGUAUUCAGAGGGUUUACUAAUACCCUACAAUCUCUUGAUAAGGAAUUAUCCACUGAUAUCGGUAAAGGGUUUCAAGUUGAUAAGUUAUUAGACUUGAUAUUUGCUAUUUAUAUUCCUAAAUUUCAAGCAGAUAAAUUAGUGGGCUUACUUAAUUUUUUUAAGCAAUGUUUUUCCAACUUAUCGGAGACUGUGCUUGUUGAUACGUUGUUAAAAUUGGAGGGUUACAUUUUGCGGCACUAUAUUGUUUACGCUAUUCAAUUGGGGAGGAAAGAUAAGGUUGUGGAGUUUUUUGGGAUCAAUGGGAAUGAGUUGGCGCAAAAAGCGGAUGAUUGGACUCCAUGGUUCGCUAUUCCUUAUGUGAAGAAUCCUAGCUUGGAUCCUCAUUUUCGGAUUUAUUUCUCAAAGGAAUGGUAUGAAGGGUUGCGGUUGUCUGUUAGGAAUUUUUUCAAUGAGAUCUUCAAUGGUACUCAUAUCCUUUUGAGUGGAAUCACUGCGUUAUUGGAGGAGAAAGAGGCUUUGAUAUGCCGGUUAAGGAGUAAUGCUGGUAAUGCUCCAUCAACAUUGGAAACAAGUGUCAGACAAGCUAACAGUUCAACUUCAUCUAGUGGUGUAGAUGAAGAAAAUUUUAUUUUAUCCGCAAGUGACAAGGAAAUUGAUGUUCCUGCAACCCUGAGUCUAGGUGAAAGAGACCUAAAUCAGGAACGGAUUGUUGGGGUACCUGCCAAAAAUGUGUCCAGGCCCAGGAAUGAACCAAGCUCUGUAGCUGAUAUUGACAUUGAAAAUGGUAAAAGUGAUGUCAGUCAUAUGAACUGUGAUGGCUCUUAUAACGAUGAUGGUUGUCAGAUGCAGGAUGAAGAAGAGUUCCCAGAAGUGAAAGUAGACUUCCAGGUGAAAAUGCCUAUGAAGGCUUUAUUGCCUGAGACAUUUUUAGGCCACACAAGCACAAUCAGUCGUUGCCGCUUUUCUGCCUCUGGGAACAAUAUAGCUAGUGCUUCUGUUGAUGGUACAGUCAGGAUAUGGACAUAUGACUCAUCAACUCCAGCAUCAAGAAAUGCAACCAUAUAUUGUGGGGCAGAGGUUAUGUCCCUUGACUGGGAAUGCAAAUCUGACCGCUUGGCACUGCUGAUGGAGGAAUUAAAGCAUGGAAUGUUGAUGCAAAGAGAGUUUGUCUUGGAUCUAAAGUGUAGCCCUGUAGAACCAAUUUUUGUUUCUGCAGCAGCUUCUAGAAGGCAUGGCUCAAGCUAUGUUGAUAGUUUGGGAUUUGCUUCAUUAACUGUAUGGAACAUGAAGACAUGGAGAGCAAUGUCAGAUCUACCUCUUGGUGAAGAUCCACCGGCAAUUACUUCCUUAAGCUUCAAUCACAAUGGAAAGAUUUUAGCAGCUGCUGCAACUGAUGGAAUGAUCCACAUAAAAGGAAAAGCUUUUCAUGUGCCCCUGUCAAUGAUAUUCCCCCAGAUAUCAAUAUUGUUGCUUUGCCCUGUUAGCUUUGAGGGGUGCCCCACCAAAGACAUGGCUGCUGGUCUACAAAUUACUGGGUGGCCUGCACAUGAUACUGCUAUAAGCUCAAUUCUUUUUGGGCCUGACGAGACAAGUAUUUUCAGCUUGGGUGCAGAUGGGAAGAGAGAACCUGACAAUUGUUUUGGUGGGGUCAGAUAUUUGAAUGGAGCUUGCAAAACCAAGGUCAUAUCCUUUGGUCAAGGAAUUGUGCCAGGGACCUCAAAACAUUGUAUGCAUGAAAUGGCUUUGGAUGCUAAUGGAACGAAACUGUUGGUAACAUCAAGUUCAGUAAGAGCACCCAUAUAUCAGGUUCGAGGGUAUUCGAAUGGCCUUAAGACUCUGCCACACAGUGCAGCUAUAACAACAGUGGACUGGCACCCCACUUUACCCAUUUUCCUCACUGGGUCAGCUGACAACUCUGUUCGAAUGUUGGGGCAUGGGUAUGAUUGCAUAGAGAAUGUGAUAGAACCAAGCUUUAUGACAGAAGAAUUAAGAAAUGAAGAAAUGUAA